AUGCAACGUGCAUGCACUGUAACGACAGCAGCAGCAGCUGCAGCAGCAGCAGCUGCAGCAGCAGCAGCAACAGCUGCAGCAGCAGCAGCAGCAGCAGUAGCAGCAGUGGCAACAGCAGUAGCAGCAGCAGUAGCAGCAGCAGUAGCAGCAGCAGUAGCAGCAGCAGCAGUAGCAGCAGCAGCAGUAGCAACCGCAGCAGCAGUAGGAGCAGCAAGGCCGCAGCAACUGCCGCAGCAGCAACACCACUACCAUCACCACCGCCCCCAACAGCAGCAGCAGCAGCAGCAGCAACAGCAGCAGCAGCAGCAGCAGCAGCAGCAGCAGCAGGAGUUUAUGUAUUUGGGGGUUGAGUGGCUGUGA